AUGUUUUUGAGGUUCACUAUUAAUGAUGAUAAUGUCUAUCAAUUUGAAUAUCCAGUCAAUUUUCCAAAAGAAGAUGAUAUUCAAUACAUUGUUAUGCACGAUCAAAUUGAAAAAUUCAGAGAAUUCGUCGCAGAAAGUUCAUUAAAAUACAUAAUUUUUACUACUCCUAUUCCUGGAAAGUAUUAUCUUAAUCUUAUUGAAGCUUGUUGCUACUAUGGAUCUGUAAAUAUCUUCAAUUUCUUGAUUUCAAAUUUAAAUUUCAGAAUCACAGAUAAAUGUCUUCGAUUCUCAUUUAUUGGUAGAAAUACUGAUAUAAUCAAUGAAUGCUUGAAAUACACUGAAAUUGACAAGGAAUGCUUUCAAUACAUUGUUGAAUCUCAUUGUAACAAAUUUCUUGAAUUUAUAUUUGAAAGAGAUUUAUUUGAAGAUAAAUUUCUUGAAUAUAAUGCCAUUAUCAAAUCACAAAACUUGAAAGCAGUAUUUCUUCUGUAUGAAAAAGACAAAAAUUUAAUAAUUCCAUGGUGUGCUGCAUUUCCACAAACAUUCAACAUUCUCAAAAAUGAAAUAUUCGGAUCAAUGAGAAUUACUCGUUCUUCAAAUUUUUGUAAUUUUGGUUCUUUUCUCCAGUAUGCAGCUGCAUAUAAUAAUAAAGAAAUAUGCGAGCUGAUAUUCAAUCAAUCUAUUAACUAUCAAAAAUAUAUAAAUAGCUGUAAUGAAGAAGGAAUGACAGCACUACAUUUAGCUUCACAAAACAAUUGUAAAGAAGCAGUUGAAUUCCUACUUUUGCAUGAUGCAAAUGUUAAUGCACAAAAUUCAAAAGGUGAAACUCCUCUUCACCGCGCCGCAUUCUGGGAUUCUCAAGAAAUAUUAGAAAUUCUAUUAUCUCAUAAUGCUUCCAUUGAUGCAACAGAUAAAAAACAGAGAACUCCUCUCCUUGUUGCACUUAAACAUCAUAAUAUAGACACAGCAAAAACUCUAAUUGCCCAUGGUGCAAAAGUUAAUAGAAAAGAUUUAAAAGGAAGAGAUGCUCUCUAUAUUGCAACAAAACAGAAUCAAAAAAAUAUAUUAGAAGAGAUAUUAACACAUGGUGCAAAUUUAAAUGCAACAUAUAUGGAAGGAUAUACAGCCUUACAUAUUGCUGCUGAGAAAACUAGCCUUGAAGCAGCCGAAAUUUUAAUUUCGCAUGGAAUCAAAAUUGAUGAAAUUGAUCGAAAUGGGAGAACAGCCCUGCAUAUUGCCGUAGAAAAUAUGUACACAGAAUUAUCGGAAUUUCUUAUUACACAUGGAGCAAAUUUGGAUAUCAAAGAUGUGAAUGGAAAUACUGCUCUUCAUUAUGCAACAGAAAUACAUGAUCAUAUUGUAGAAAUGCUUAUAUCUCAUGGUGCAAAAACCAAUAUAAAAAACAAAUCCGGAGAAACAGCUUUCCAUCAUGCAGUUGAACAUGGAUAUAAAUCUGCAAUAAAGCAUUUUAUCUCACAUGGUAUAAAUGUUAAUUUCAAAGAUAGAUAUGGAAGAACAGCUCUCAUUAUUGCACUCAAUAUUGAUUGUUCUAAAGAAAUUAUAGAAUUACUAUUAUCUCAUCGGGCUAAAGUUAAUGUACAAGAUAAAUUCGGAAACACAGCUCUCCAUAUUGCAGUUGAUAAUAAUGUAGAUAAAGAAAUUCUAGAACUCCUUAUUUCUCAUGGCAUUGACAUUAAUGCCAAAGAUUCUGAUGAUCGAACUGCUCUUCAUAUCUCAUCACAAUAUGAUUCACGUUACGAAUUGACCGAACUUUUAAUUUCACAUGGACUAGAUGUUAAUUCAAAAGAUAAGUAUGGAACGUCUCCACUUCAUUAUGCAGCAAGAUCCAGCAAUGGAGAUAGAACAAUAGAACUCCUUUUUAAAAAUGGUGCAGAUGUUAAUAUAAAAGAUAAUUCUGGUCAAACAGCUCUUCAUCAUGCUACAGAUCAUAAUAACAAAAACAAUGUAAAGCUUUUAAUUGAAUAUGGUGCAGAUGUCAAUAUCAAGGAUAACGAGUGUAAUACCCCGCUUCAUAUUUCAUUAAGAAAUAUAUAUUUUAAGAAUAUAUCCGAACUACUUAUUUCUAAUGGAUCUGAUCUCAAUUCAAAAGAUAUUAAUGGUAGAACCCCUCUUCAUAUCGCUAUCAGAAACCAUUUGAAUGAAAUUGCAAAACUUCUUAUUUCUCACGGCGCAGAUCUCAAUAUUAAAGAUAAUAGUGGAAAAACUCCACUUCAUUAUUCGGCAGAAUCAGAUAAUGAAGAAUGUUUCGAACUUCUUAAAUCUCAUGGCGCAGAUAUUAAUGCAAAAGAUAAUGAAAACAAAACUCCUUCUGAAAUUGCCGCUUUUAAUAAUAAACAUAAACCUACAUAA